AUGUACAACUGCAGUUCCAAGUUUAGGGGGGAACCAGCGGCCUCCAACCGAAUGAACCAACCUAUAUCAUCCUAUAUCCUCUGUGCCGCGGCCUCGCUCCAGGCGCUUUACCGCCACAAGAGGAAUUCCCUCAAUGAGGGUCUCCGCUUGUUCACUUUAGGAAGGCCACAAACCAUCCGUUCCCGCAACGGGUGGAGACCCCAGCGUUCCCCAAACGCCGCUUCUCCAACUCCCGAAGAACCAUCACCGCUUUUCGGGCGUCACGACUCGCCAUCCACCUCCACAUGCAUAUCAGUCGGUCCAAAAUGCGACCCUCCCUUCCCACGCAGAACGACAGCUUUUUUCGCCACAUUGGAAGGAAGGUGGACAAAACACCCAUCCACCACACGUGCCUUUUUCCCGUUUCGGUGA